AUGGAUGCUGUCAUCGACGAGGAUGUUGGUGAUCAACUAUUCUUGGUCAAUCCUGCUACUCCUACAAAAAUAAAACAUGGCGCGUUUCAAAAACUGGCUAGAGAGUCUUCCAAUCUGUGGAACUCAAGCACUGCUGCAGGCGAUGGUGAUGUAUUCGACAAAAUAGUUUUCCAAGACGAUGAUCUCUAUGACUCUUCUCAAGACAGCUUCCGAUACGGGAGAGUAACGACUGGACCGAGCUACAAUUUGGUCACGGGAAAGAUGCCUGAAAACAUUUUUUCGAAGGUCAAAUCAAAAGAUGAUGAGAAUGACGUUAAGAGUGAAGCAGACGAUUCUGAGGAUUUCAGUGAAAUUAAACAAUUGGAAAUUCAUACUUUUAUUGAGUUGUAUGAAAGCCAAAUGCCGAAGUAUUUUGAAUAUCGAACCAGCUUUCCGGAAAUCCGUGGAAUUUGGACACUUCUUUUCGACCAAAACCAUUAUCAGGAUAUGUCAACUUUUGAGUUGCAAGCUGCUAUUUGUGCUGCUCUCAAUUCGAGACACUAUAUGAUGAUUUGUGUUGGAGUGGAUUCUUACAACACUAUCACCGGAGUUGAAAUGUCUGCGAUUAAUCGUGUCACUUUCCGGAUGGCACUGACGAGAGCAGUGGCUGGGGAGUUUCAACCACCUCUCAUCAAGAUCGCCCCUAAACAAUUGACUGGGGUGACUCCAAUGAAGCGAGACGUUUCAGAACUAACACCGAGUGUUGACGUUCUAUUCAUACCUGUUACCGGAGAAGGGAAAUUCGGUGGAGAUGAAAUCAUAUCGAAUCGGUUUUUGAUUGUUGUCCGAGUCAAGGAAUUAUCUAAGCGAUUUUAUCAGUUGUCUUCCGGAAGAAUUUAUAAAGAGGAGGACGGCCGAGUUGUCGAAAUGUCGAAUUUGAAUGAUGCUUUUCACACAAUGAUUAAUGAACAGUCUAUAUCUGAUAUCCGACAAAGACGCGGGAGUAUGUUCAUGUUGGAGCCAGAGCCAUUUAUUAUAGACUCAUCGAUUGUUCAAGAAGAUGUUCAAGUUAGGAAAGAGAAAGAAGCAUCUGAAAAGAUGGAGAAAUUUACAGAAAAAGAAACGCUUGUUGAAUCGAUCGUUUCUCGUUUGGAUUUCGAGCACAUCGGUUGGUUGCUUUUCGGGUCCGCUCUAUCCUUCUGUCUCUACAAAAACGCCGUCAAACUGCUUGUAAAGUAG